AUGGGCGAUAGUGACCAAGCCUCUAAUCCGUUCGACGAGCUCAUUGCAGAGUGCCAUAAUGAUCCGAGGCAAAUCCAAGCUCGCUACGAAGCUCAUCGAUUCAAUCGGAGCAAGCAACAGAAAGAUAAACUACUCGAUCCCAGUUUCCCCGGUUGGCAAGUCGACGAUAUCCUCAGAUGCUUGCAUGAGCAAGCAAAGAAUGAGCGGCCAGGCGCUGCAGCGGCUGCGCCGUUUGUUGAUCAUCGACACAGCUUGACAAUCCUCGCCCGCCCACCGCAGCAUAUUCGAAACUUGAUCAAAGAGAUUCAGCAGGAAAUUGAGGAUGUUGCUCCCAGUCUGUGGUUUACGCCACCCAACUAUCUGCACAUGACUGCCCUGGAAGUUGCUAGUUGCCGAACCGAACCAGAGAUUGAUGGCCUCGUCGCUCAACUUAAGGGCAGUGGCAUCAUACCGCAGUUGGUAAACUACACAUACUACCACCGCACACGUCUAUUCAGGCCGGUGAUUAGUUACGAUGCGACUGCAAUGGCCCUGAGUUUCAUUCCAGAAGCUGAUGAUGGGACUGAAAAUGUCCGCCAGCAAGAGUAUCACGACGAUGAGUAUACAUAUCACCAUCUGCGAAGAGAUGUCUCUGCGCAGGUGGCGGCGAUAGGACUACCGAUGAAGCCCAGGUACAUUGCUCCUUCGGCGCAUGUUACAAUCGCACGUUUCAUCACUCGCGAGGGUUUCUUAACUGAGGCGCCGGGGUCAGGAGGGGAAGGGAAGUUUGAUGACAAUCGUGUGGCUGCACUGAUUAACAAGAUUGAGGCCAUCAACGAAAAGCUUCGAGCGGAAUAUUGGCCCCGUGAACAGGAGCCCGUACCUUGGAAAGGUGAAUGGCUCGUCAACGUUCCGAAAACCCGCCGGACUUACUGCAAGGGCAAGGAGUGCAAGAAGCACACCCAGCACAAGGUCACCCAGUACAAGGCUGGAAAGGCCUCCCUGUUCGCCCAGGGUAAGCGUCGUUAUGAUCGGAAGCAGAGCGGUUAUGGUGGUCAGACCAAGCCCGUCUUCCACAAGAAGGCCAAGACUACCAAGAAGAUCGUCCUGCGUCUUGAGUGCACUGCUUGCAAGCAGAAGAAGCAGCUUUCCCUGAAGCGCUGCAAGCACUUCGAGCUUGGUGGUGACAAGAAGACCAAGGGUGCUGCUCUUGUUUUCUAAAUUUGCGAUUUUCUUGUUCGGCUCUGGGUUUCCUGCAUUGCUAAUCCGGCGGUGGCAUAUGACAAUGGCAAUGGAAAAUGAAAUAGGGUCUUCAUAUUCAAAAGAAAAAAAGAAUAUAUGACUCCUAGUUGACGAGUCUCUUGACGAAAUU